CGAGGGGCGGGGGUGAAAUCUCAUUCGUCACGUGACUCAUAGUUAUCGAAGCUUAGCUUUAGCUGGAGCAUUUUUAUGAAAAUGUCAGACUCGGAGGACGCUACAAUGUCUCUUCCGUGUGUGGUUGUCACUAGCAGCGACGCCACCUUUAAAGAAGAAGAAAUUAUUAAACAAAUUCUCGGUGUGAAGACGUUGCCAGAGCCGACCAAACAAGAACAAACAGUAGUGUGGUACCCGUGGACCAUCAACAACAAGUAUUAUACAGCAGAUGUCCGGCUCUGUACCGUCUCCAGCACUUUUCUAAUGUCGUCAGAAAUUGCACAGUCCAUGCAGGCUUUCAUUGCGUAUUUUGAUAGUACAAAGAAGGAUGGUUUGGAAAAGCUCCAACCAUGGAUAUCAGUGGUAGAGGACAUUGCUCCAGAGGUGCUGAUUCUCGUGUGUGACAGAAUUUGUGAAGACGGUGUUACCAGACAUGAAGCCCAACAAUGGUGUUUGUCGCACAGCUUUGAGCUGGUGGAACUCAAUCCCCAGGAGUUGCCUGAUGAAGAUGAUGACUUUCCAGAAUCCACAGGAGUAAAGAGAAUUGUCCAGGCACUCAAUGCAAACGUGUGGACCAGUGUGGAGAUGAAAGAUGGGAACAGUCAGAGCUUUGGCCUAAUGAGCAGUUUGGUGGCUGCUCGACACAACCACCCUCGGAGCUGUCAAGAUCCACAAUCUUCUAGUCUACCGGCAGAGGGCACACUUGCUGAUGAAGUGACUCAUACAGAGACCCGCAGCUCAACGGAGAACACAGUUGUCGAUGCAAUGACAAAUUUGGACAUUCAGGAACUUGCAAAUCUCACAGCUGGAGAUGCAGACGUGGAUAAUUUUGAACGCCUCUUCACCAAACUAAAAGAGAUGAAAGACAAAGCUUCAUCAUUACCUCAUGACCAGAGAAAGCUUCACGCAGAGAAGGUUGCAAAAGCUUUUUGGAUGGCCAUUGGUGGUGAUGAUGAUGAGAUAGAUGGCUUAUCAUCAGGCGAGGAAAGCUAAGAGACAUUGAAGUGUGACAUCAGCAACAUCUCUCUUUGCUACCUUUCCUGGCUGUUGUGCAGGGUCCAGUGCCCCCCUCGAAGGGUUGCUUGCACUUUGCAAGACAAAAGUGCUCGUGGACAUGCUGUACUGUAGACACGUUUGGCUCCUUCAACGUGGCAUUACUGAUUUAGCAGAAAAGAAAGGCAAUAAAAGGGUUGGAAGCACUCGUGGGUGUUCCUCAGUGACAUUUAAGAAAUGAUAAAGUCAGAACAUUUAAUUCAUGUGUUUAUCCUUGGCGUACUAUUGUCACAAAUAAUUAGAGGUGACAUAAUGUGCCUUAUUUUAAGAUUAAAUGUUAUAAUAAUGACUAUUCUGUCAAGUCACAAAAGAUGAUCUGUCAAGCAAAUAAACUGUCAUGUCGUCAUAAGGA